AAAUUGUUUUCAAAUCUAGCCACUGCAAGCUGGCAUCGAGCUCACGAAUAACCAAACUGCCCGACCUUCACUUCAUGUUCUCAACCAUACCUGAAGCGCCACACGCCACGUCCGAAUAGCGACCGAACUGAUCCCAUCAAAUCGACUCCCCUAUCCCAGAGGAACGCCCAUCGAGAAUCCAAACCUCAAAAUGCCAAAACCAAAGAAAGCCCCAGCAACCAACGGCAAACCAUCCCAAACUUCCACACCAUCAGCAGCACCACCCACCAGCGCCGCCCCGCCCUCCUGGCCCCCCUUCAAGCCCUCCCUCCCCAUCAUCGACCUAACCUUCGACACGCUCGUCGACGACAAAGUCGUUGUCCUCCGGAACUUCUUCCCCAAAUCCUUAUGCCGCGAUUACGUCUCCUUUCUCAGCACGCUCCCGCUCAUAACCACGCCCGGGAAACCCAAGCGGGGGAUGGCGGUGCGAGUCAACGAUCGGUUCCAGAUUGAGGAUCAGAAGUUUGCGGAUAGGUUGUGGUAUGAGACGGGGUUGAAAGAGGCGGUUGUUGGGGGUGGGUUGGAGCAUUUGUGGGGUGGCGAAGUCAUCGGCCUGAACCCAAAUAUCAGGAUAUACCGGUACACGAAGGGGCAGUUUUUUGAUGCGCAUUACGACGACUCAAACAAAAUCACACUCACCCUCCCCUCCUCCGACGAUAACCCGUCGAACCCGAACAGACAAGCCCCCGCCAAAACGACCUGGACUCUGCUGCUAUACCUCACCUCCGCCAGCGAAGGGUGCUUGGGCGGCGAGACCGUCUUCUACCCCCACGACCGACAGGUGGCGAGGGAAGCGAUUGCCGUGGCCCCGGAGACGGGUAUGCUGUUGCUGCAUAAGCAUGGGAAUGACUGUAUGUUGCAUGAGGGCAGGGAGGUGACGGCGGGGGAGAAGUGGAUUAUUAGGACGGAUUUGUGUGUUGGUAGAGGUAGGUGA